GCUGCAAACAGCUGACGGCCAAGUAGUACAUGCAUAACCUCUGUUUAGGACAUGUUUCGUUUUUGAGCGAAAAAUUCAGAUUAUUUGCAAAGGUGUUUUUUAGUGAUAAAAAUUAAAACAUGUUUCGUUUUGGAGCAAGAUAUUCUUUUCAGAUUGCCAGAAAUUUCAGCACGAAGCUAAACGAAAUUGGCAACCUCGUUAAACAAAAUAAAGUAGUUGUCUUUAUGAAAGGUGUACCAGAGGAGCCACGAUGUGGAUUUAGCAAUGCUGUAGUUCAGAUAUUAAGAAUGCAUGGUGUUACUUAUGAUGCUCAUGAUGUUCUUCAAGACGAGGGGCUCAGACAAGGUAUAAAAGAUUUUUCUAAUUGGCCCACGAUACCUCAAGUAUUUAUAAAUGGUGACUUUGUCGGUGGGUGUGACAUACUCUUAGAAAUGCAUAAGAACGGUGAGCUCGUUGAGGAAUUGAAGAAAGCAGGAAUUACAAGCGCUCUUUUGGAAACAGAAGGAUCCUUACAAGAUAGUCCCAACAAAUCCAAAGAAUAAUCUGUUAUUAAUUAACUAUGUUGUAUCGAUAGUCACGUUUUGUUAUAAUAAAUUUUUUUGUUGGUAUUAA